AUGCUGCCUCGAUCUAUCCUGCUGACGUGCGUGGCGCUGCUGGCGUCGAGUCGGAGCGCGCACGCUGCGGACGAAGGUCGUCGACGAAUCUCGGAGCCGUGUCGUCUACACGAUCCCCACACUGGCUCAUACGAUCUCAGGGCACUGCAGCGCAAGGGUGAGCAUACGUAUACGUUCGACCUGGCUCGCUCUGCACCUCAAGCUGAUGUCUCCCCCCCUUGCGCCACAGGUCGCGACUACAACGUCACGAACCCGGUCUCGGGCGAGACGUACGCUCUCAAGUGAGUCGGCAUCCAGACCAGUGCGACACCGAGUGCACCACUGAUGCGUGUAGCCCGUUCCCCGUUCAGCUUCUGUGGACCGGGUGAGAUCGCCACGAGGGUGUGCACUGCCCCAGCCGCAUCGCAGUGUUGGCUCAUCACCCUAGUUUCCCCCCCCCCUCCCCCCCACCACCACCACCACCACUAAUGCGCUAACGCGCUCUCACAGUCAUCAAAGAGAUGUGGGCCGUACGAGGUGCGUCCUUAUCGAAGGCACCUACUCUAGCCUAGAGCAUAACUUACUCCCCCAAUCGUACCAACAGACGCCGAAAAGGUUGGAGCCUACACUGAAGGGCCCAAGAGCGGCAUCAGUCUCGGGUAUGUCACGAUCCUGUCCCAGCGCGCCGCGCCGCGGAACCCCCACAUUCCCCAUUGACUUGAGAAAGGCCCCAUCGGAACCGUUCCGCAGCAACUUUGAGACGACACCGGUCAUGAUGAAUGGUCAUCUGACCCUCACCUACCCCGGUGGAAGCUUUUGCCCCAACUCGAACGCCAAGCGGACCAGUGUCAUCUACCUGUAAGCAGUGCGCAUCGCGUGCCACGCCUCAUCCACGCGCACUCGACGCUCUCGGCUGAACUCGCCUCGGUCUGCGCAGGCAAUGCGACUCGUCAUGGAGCACGCAAGAGCCCGAGUUGAUCUCUGUCGCGGAAGAUUGCUUUUAUGUGUACGUCUGCAGCCUCGAAGGCUGAUUAUCGCUGAUGACCAGCACUGAGCAAGAAUUCAUCCGCACCACUCCUCAGCUUCUCUUUCAAGACUCCUCACGCUUGCCCGACCUCGUUCGCCGCCGGCAUCUUCUCCUCCAUCGUCGUAUUCUUCCUUUUGUACGAUAUAUUCUGUGCUCACCAUCAACUUCACUCAGACACAGCUGACUCCUCCGCGCCUUUGAACCUCCAUGCCUUGCAGCAUCCUCACCGCUUGCAUCGUCUCGUUUGGCUCGGCGCUGACCUACAACCGCUACGUACUGCACCAACGCGGAUCGUCGGCAAUCCCCUCGAUUGAAAAAGUCCGAGACGCUCUUGACGCCCUCAAAGACUUUGGUAUCAUGGCUGGCAUCGUCAGUCAUUCUCCACCUGUCGUAAACCCCUCAAAGCGAAUCGAAGUCAGCUGACCCCACCCCCCGUCUCGACACCUCAGUGGCUCCUGGAUCAAGGCGAAAAGAUUGUCUCUUUGGUCCGCAACUCACGGUCCAACUCCUCCCCCUGGGGAAGGCGCGGAUUGACAGACUACACCCAAGGCGCAUGGUCCCGAACAGCGCGGGAUGGGUUCUCCGCGGGUGGUCUCGAAGGCGGUGGAUCUUUAUUGGCGGAUGAUUCGGAUGAAGAAGAUGACGAAGAUCAGGAGCAACCGCCUCGGAGGGAAUCGAGGAUCGAAGUCGAUGAUAAGAAACCUUUACCUGGGAAACCCACGGAGGAGGUUGAGGAGACGGAACAGCUUUUCAAAGUGACGGAUGAUGAAGAAUGA